AUGCAGGCUCUGCACGGCGCACCGCAGACGCUCAACCUCAUUUCCAACGCCGCCAUUCGACAAGCGACGGGUGAUAGCAGCGCGCGGAUCUACACGUACAACAAGCCAGCCCCACUGUCCUCCGCAGAUGCUGCGGACGAGAUUGAGACAGAUGCUACAGGAUUUCAGGUGGCCAUCAACCUUGUCUUUGCUACGGGCUUUUUGAUGGCGUCUUGGAUGCUUUUCAUUAUCGCCGAGCGCGCCAACAAGGCCAAGCACAUUCAGUUUGUUUCGGGCGUCAACGUGACCGUUUUCUGGCUGGCCAACUACACCUGGGACUUGUUUACUCUGCUUUUCCCAACAAUUGGCGUCCUGAUCAUUUUCGCUGCCUUCAACGUCCACGCAUACACGGAUGACAAUCGACUAGGCCUCGUCUUCCUGCUCUUCAUGCUCAUGGGCUGGGCCGGCAUCCCUCUCAUCUACAUUGUGAGCCGAUUCUUUAGCACUCCGGCUGGUGGCUAUGCCAUGACAUCCAUCUUUCUGAUCAUUGGUGGCAUAGCCAUGCUACUGGGUGUGUUCAUCAGCCUGUUGCUCAGUGAUCCCGAUACCAGCGAAACGUUACGCUACGUCUUCUACCUUGUGCCCAACUUUGCCGUCGGUCAAGCUCUCUUCGAUAUGUACACCAACUACCUGUAUGAAGAACGGUGUGCGACCGCAGGACCUGGCGACCUGGCAUGCUUUGAGGCCACCGACUAUACAUCGAUGGAGAUUCCCGGUAUUGGCGCCCCACUUUUGUACUUGGCUAUUGCUGGGCCAGUGUGGUUUGCGCUGCUGAUGCUCUUGGAGCAUGACAUCCUCCCCAGCUUCGACCCUCGGGCAUUUAACACCCCCAAGCGUGAAGAGGACUCGGACGUGGCCAAGGAGCGCCAGCGCGUGCUGGCGGGACAGGCUAACGACGAUCAAUUGGUUGUGCGCGACUUGGUGCGCGUGUACAACAAGAGUGGGCAAGGUCGAUCCUCUAAGGAGCGCUUCACGGCGGUCGAUGGUUUAACGUUUGGCAUCCCGGCUGGCGAGUGCUUUGGCCUGCUUGGAGUAAACGGCGCUGGCAAAACCACCACGUUCCGCAUGCUGACGGGCGAUGAGCACCCCACCGAGGGCUCGAUUGUCGCGGCCAAGUACAACCUGGCGACUCAUCUGCGCCAAGCACGUCAAUUUAUUGGCUAUUGUCCUCAGUAUGACGCCUUGAUUGGGCUGCUCACGGCCCGCGAACACUUGGUGAUGUAUGCCCGCCUGCGCGGCGUGCCUGAGGAAGAGGUUGGCCCGCUCGUGUCGGAGCUGAUCCAAAAGCUGGAUCUCAGUAUGUAUGCGGACAAGCCGGCUGGUACUUAUUCUGGCGGCAACAAGCGCAAGCUUUCUACGGCCAUUGCCAUCAUUGGCAAUCCUGCCAUCGUGUUCCUGGACGAGCCCUCAACCGGCGUGGACCCAGCUUCGCGACGUUUCCUGUGGCGUGUACUGGACGGUGUCAAGGCCAACGGCCAAUCAGUCGUGCUGACCAGUCACAGCAUGGAGGAGUGCGAGGCCUUGUGCAGUCGUCUAGCUAUCAUGGUCAAUGGCCGCUUCCGUUGCAUGGGGAGCCCUGGCCACUUGCGCAACAAGUUUGGCAAGGGCUACCGUCUGGCCAUCAAGAUGCGCCCAAACAAUGGCCAGGUGGGUGACACAGCUGGCAUCAAACGGUUUGUGGAGGCCAACUUUGGAGGCGCUAACCUGUACGAGGAACACAAUGGCUACGUACAAUUUGACAUUGCCGUGUUGGCCGAGAACACCUGGUCUGAGAUGUUCCGCAAAUUGGAGCAUGCGCGCCAACAGUUUGAUAUCGAGGAUUAUUCAAUCUCCGAGACGAGUCUGGAACAGGUCUUUUUGCAGUUUGCCUCGGAGCAACACUCGGACGAAGCGGAGCGUGUUGGCGACUUUAGCCGCACGUCGGCAAGCCAGAGCCAAGAUCGCGUGACCACGCUAUGA